UGCUCUGCUGUUGUGUGUUUGGUUCAUCCUCUACUUUCUACUGAUGACGACGUGGAAAUAAAAGCCACUUCAUCUGAGGAGCUUCUACAAACAGGAAACCUGCACACGUUCAGACUCACAUCUUCCAGAGUAAAGGCCGGCUGCAGUUUUCCUCACGUUGUCUCUGAUCAUUUCUGUUCCAGGUCUUCAUCAACACCUCUGACCAUGAAGCUGCUGUCGGUGAGCCUCCUCCUCCUCGCUCCACUGCUCACCUGCUGCACAAAGACCAAGAAGCUGCCGCCGGACUGCUCCUACAUCCAGCUACACAACGAGAAAACAACCAGCGGAGUGUACACCAUCUACCCCACGGGAUCCAAACCUGGUGUCAAGGUGCGUUGUGAGAAGUCAGACGGAGGACAUUGGACGGUGAGUCAGGCUUUGAACUUCUACAGACCCUGGGACCAGUACAAGAAGGGCUUCGGUAACCCUGCUGGAGAGUACUGGCUGGGUCUGGAGAACAUCCACCAGCUGACACGGCAGCGACGCUACGAGCUGCUGGUGGACAUGGAGGACUUUGAUGGGAGGAAAGCAUCUGCCCGAUACUCCUCGUUCUCCGUGGACGGCGAGUGUGACGGUUACGCCCUGCAUGUGUCUGGAUUCACCAACGGGAGCGCCGGAGACUCUCUGAGUACUCACAAUGGACAGAGGUUCUCCACCUUCGACAAAGACCAGGACUCUGGUGGAGGGAACUGUGCCAGACUAUUCCUGGGGGCGUUCUGGUACACUGCCUGUCACAGUACAAACCCUAAUGGUGUUUAUCGCUGGGGGGCAGAUGGGACCCUCUAUGCAGUUGGAGUGGAAUGGUCCACCUGGAAGGGUUAUGACUACUCCCUGAAGACCAUCAGCAUGAAGAUCCGUCCUGUAAAGUAAACCUUCAGGACCAAUCCACAGCAGAACAUUGCGUGCUGUUUUCUGUCAUGUAAUCUCAUCUAAUCUUAGAAGCAAACUGGUGGUCUGAUGGUUGCAUCAGCUGCCAGCACAGUAACUAAAGCAGUCAGGUGAUGGUGAAUGUGAGCAGCUGCUGGCUGGAAAAUCAACUUUGGUGGAGGUUUGAUGUGAAUCAAUAAACAGGAAACUGGA